GAGUAAUUAGGUGGAAGUGAUAUAGCAACGAGUGACUUGCCAUAGUGAUGGGUAGACAACCUUGUUGCGACAAACUUGGUGUGAAGAAGGGCCCUUGGACAGCUGAGGAAGACAAGAAGUUGGUCAAUUUUAUUCUCACACAUGGCCAAUGUUGCUGGCGUGCUGUACCCAAGCUCGCCGGACUCCGCCGGUGUGGCAAGAGCUGCCGUCUUCGCUGGACUAAUUACCUCCGGCCUGACUUGAAGAGAGGCCUUCUAAACGAGGAUGAGGAGCAACUUGUCAUUGACCUCCAUGCUUGCCUUGGCAACAGGUGGUCCAAAAUCGCAGCAAGAUUGCCGGGAAGAACAGAUAAUGAGAUCAAGAAUCACUGGAAUACCCACAUUAAGAAAAAGCUAAUAAAGAUGGGAAUUGAUCCUGUUACGCACGAGCCUCUCAAUAAACAAGGGAGUCCUCAAGAAAGUAUAGUACCUUGUCACACUAAUUAUGAUCAACCCAAUUUUAACGCUGAUGGUCAGCAGGUCCUCCCGCAAAAUUGUGGCCAUGCCUCCUCCAGCACUACUGAUAAUUCAAGCUCGACCACACCGACUGAAAAUUCUUCAGUGGAUGAAUGCAUAGGGUCAUCAGAACCUAACAGUACUACUGACAGUGAUCCACUAAUGAGUUGCAUAUGGUCGGAGGUAUUUCUUGAUGAUUCAUCUUGGAACUUUCAAGCCACUAGAGGAGGAGAUUUUAGUGAAUUCGGGCUAUCUAAAUCUUCAUCAGAGGAUAGUAACUCUCCAUGGGUUUUAGACUCUAAGGAUCUUGGAGAUGAAUUCUUUGGACUUAGUUGUUUCAGUGACAUGGACUUGAGUAUCCUAGACAUGGGUGGCAAGCAUUAAAAUGCACUACCUCAUAGAAUGAUCGCAAGGUGUAUCAAGAAAUGAGGAAGGAAGCACAAGGAUUGAAAGCUCAAGCUUCCUGGAUAGUAGAAUUUCUAGUCUUGUAAAUUUUUUCUUCAUCCCACCAUUCAAAUCUUGGAAAAGAACAAGGGAAAGGAAGAUAUUGGAAGUGCUAUAUAGCUUAAUAAUUAUUCUCCUUUCCUUCAUCAAAAUCGAAGAACAGUUCAACACCCCCCUUCCCUUGUAACAUUUGUAAUUAGAAAUCCUCAAAAUUUCAGAUGGCUAGUUCCUCCUAGGAAAAAGGUUUAUGCUAUUUAAUAUGGAGUGAUGAAUUAAAUGGUGCA